AGGUAAUUUGGUGAUGGUGGCAAUUGAGGACCACCUCUCAGAUGCCGACAUGAAUGAUCAUGUGGUAAGGAACUGCUGGUAUGAGGCACAUGUUGGCGAAGAUAAGAAGUUACAGCUUAUAUAUGAGUACAGCCAUCAUGGACCAGAAGUUUGGGAAACCCUGGAUGCUGCUUCUGAUUGCCGAAGCUAAGCAAUGGUCGGAUGCAGUAGCAGCCGCAACACAGAAGAAGGCAGAGGACGCCAAGAAGGCACGUCUGCUGGCAAUUGAACAGCAGUGCCAGCAUGACAAGGCAGCAGCAAAGGCUGCCGAUGAAGAACGAGUUCAACGUCGUGAGAAGAUAUUCAGCGGAGAGAAAGCUUUGCUCACAAUGGCAGCGGAUUGGCGGGCGGAGGCCGAGAAUGGCAAGAUGGAAGACAAUGAGAACAAGAUCGCUCUACUCCUCUCCCAUCUCACGGACCUCCUGGCAACAUGCAUUACACAACAGGAGGACAUCCACAGCCUCGACAACGCGUUGACUCUAGUCCACGACCGCCUCCGGCAGCUGGAGCAGCGACCUGUCGCCGCCCCCGAUGCCAGCUCUUCCAACACCUCCGAUCCCCUUGAGGCAUUGGAGAUGGACGUCGGAUCCCUCAAGUACGGCGUGCAGUUACAGCAAACCGCAAAGCAACAGUUGGAGCAGCGGAUCUGUACUGUCGCCAACAACUCGAGCUCGGAACCGUGCGAGACAGCUCCAAAGUUUGAUGGGCAGGAGAUCUUCUGCGACUCGACGAAGACAAAUCCGAUUCCAUGGUUCCGCAAGUUCGAGCUCACGUUGCAGCUACACUACGUCAAAGAACACAAGCACCACGCGUACUUAUACUCCCGGUCCGGGGGUGCGUGCCAAGCAUGGUUGGACAAUCUCUUGUCCAAGUACGGAGUGGUAGCUGCCGACUUGCAUACCAAGAUCAGCUGGGAUGAUCUGAAGGCGGCGUGGCAUAAGCGGUUCCAAGUAGGGCCGCCGGAGAUCAAGGCAAUGGACAAGCUGAUGGUCUUUGAACAAGCCAAUAACCCCACUCCUGUCUUAUGCCUGCGUCUGGACGACUCCCUUGACGAGCUGGGUAGCGAGCUAGUCGCGUUACGCAGUUCGUGUGCAAAGAAAGCCAAGUCUAAGGGGGAACUAUUGAUUGCCGAUUUGGCUGUCAAUCGCACACACCUUGGUGCGAUGCUGGACCCUGGGUCCACACGAUCUUACAUGUCUGAACGUGCAAUCCGCAAGUUGCACCUCGRCAUGAAGAUCYAAACGUUAGCUAGACCAAUCACGUCUAUGCUGGCUGACAAAAGCACGAUGACGGUAACGCAGUACGUCGAUCGUGUUCGAUGUCAGUUCAGUACUAAGGAGGGGAAGAAGAUUUGGCAUGAGCUUCCCUUCCUAAUCGAGAAGAACAUGCCAUUUGAUAUCAUCUUGGGAAUGGAUUGGCACGAGGAAGCUGAUCCCAAGAUUGAUUUCAAACAGAAAGAAGUACGAAUCAAGGAUGAAUCAUCUGAAUUGCAAUCAAUUAAGUUGUAUCAUCGGUCAGGGUCUGAUUCUGUCUUGUCUUUCUGUUGCAUGAGCUACCCUGCAUUCCGAUCGAUGGUUGCAAAGAAGAAGUUAGAGGAUGAGGUAGUCAUGUUGUUAGUUAARAAAGUAGGUGAGUCUUCAACUACCCAUCCUCCUGGCAUAGAUGCACUCCUAACGGAGUUUGCCGAUGUUCUGUCUGAACCAACCGGGGUCACUUCGCGUGCUAUUAAGCACACGAUCGAGAUUGUGCCCGGUAGCAUGGUUCCCAAGGGCCCUAUGUAUCGCAUGUCUCCAAGGGAACUUGAGGAACUUAAGAAACAAUUGUCUGAGUUGACGGAGAAGGGAUGGAUUCGCCCUAGCUCCUCUCCUUAUGGUGCACCUGUCUUGUUUGUGCCCAAAAAGGAAGGUGAGUUGCGCCUUUGCAUCGACUACCGAGGGUUGAAUGUCAUCACCGUCAAAAACGCCGAACCUUUGCCAAGGAUCGACGAUCUCUUGGAUCAGUUGCAGGGUUGUCGAGUCUUUAGCAAGAUCGACCUCAAGUCUGGGUACCACCAGAUCGAGGUGGAUCCCGCCGAUCAGCAUAAGACCCCGUUCCGUACGAGAUAUGGUCAUUACGAGUUCAUCGUGAUGCCAUUUGGUCUAACGAACGCGCCUGCGACCUUCCAAAGGGCAAUGAAUGAGUUGUUUAGGCAAUGGCUCGACGACUUUGUAAUCGUCUACUUGGAUGACAUUCUAGUGUAUAGUAAGACACUAGAAGAUCAUCAUCGACACCUUCGUCUAGUACUCGGGAAGUUACGCGAAGUUAACUUCAAACUCAACCCAAAGAAAUCCGAGUUCGCUAAAUCUGAGGUCCUGUACUUGGGUCAUAUAGUGAACGAGGAGGGAUUGAGGCCCGAGGAAAAGAAGAUCUUGGCAAUCAGAGAUUGGCCACAGCCGAAGACUCUGACAGACCUGCGAUCUUUCCUUGGAUUAGCAAGUUACUAUAGGAAGUUCGUUAGGAACUUCUCAGUUAUCGCUGCUCCCAUGAGAAGAUUGCUCAAGAAAGGUACUAUCUGGUUGUGGGACAAGGAUUGUGAGUCAUCCUUUCGAAAGCUGAAACACGCUUUGACCCACUAUCCUGUUCUUAAGAUUGUCGACCCGUCUCUUCCUUUCAUCGUCACAACUGACACAAGUCAGUACGGUGUUGGCGCUGUCUUACAACAAGACGACGGCAAGGGCUACCGCCCUAUUGAGUUCAUGUCUAAACGUCUGUCGUGUGAAAAGAUCGCCAACUCCACCUGCGAAAGGGAGUUGUAUGCAUUAGUCUGCGCCCUAGAGACAUGGAAACACUAUCUCCUUGGCAGACAUUUUACUGUGUACUCGGACCACUCGACCCUCAAGUGGAUCAAGACACAGCCUCGAUUGUCUGACAAGUUGGUGCGUUGGUCUGCUUUCAUCGAUACCUUCGAUUUCGAACUCAAAACUAUUAAAGGUAAGUCUAAUGUUGUAGCAGAUGCACUAUCUAGGAGGAGUGAUUUCUUUGGGGCUAUAGUCUCUUACCUGUAUGUUGGGAAUGAUGUGAAAGAUGAGAUUCGUGCUGGAUAUGCCACUGACACUGUCUGGAAACCAAUCAUGGAUAUCCUAGCCAAGGACCCAUCCCAACUUCCUCACUAUCGAUUGUCUGAUGGCUUACUCUUAUUGUUGGACCAGACGGAACAGAGAUUAUGCAUUCCUCACAAGGAAGAAUUUAAAAGUCUAUUCAUUGGGAAAUGUCAUGACACAGAGGGACACUUUGGUUUCAAGAAGACGUAUGCUGAGGUGCGUGAGCACUAUGAAUGGAAGGGUUUGAAAGAGGAUGUACUAACGUAUGUUCGUACGUGCCAAGUUGUGGACCUUGAGGCACAGACUGUUGCACUUGCUGCUAUUGGGGUUGUGUGCCCUGCGGCUGUGCAGGCUGCGAGACAACAGGCUGCCCAGUUACGGAAACCUGCGAUGGAGGUUGGGAAUACACUGACUAUGAUUGCAAAACUGAAAGAAGAACUGGGGACACAACGGAAGGCAUGUGCAGAAUCUAUGCAAUCCAAGGUUCAUUUGGCACAGGAAAUUCAAGCACGUGUGAUCGAACUACAGUCACAAGCAGCAGAGUUGCAGGAGGGACUUGCUGCCAAGGAAGCAACCUUGCAAAGAUAUCGUGCUCAAAUCAAGGAGCUGCAGUCAAAAAUCAGCACCAAACAAGACUCCUUGAGGGAGGCCAUUGAGAAGUAUCAGCAUUUGCAUAAUGAACACCAUAAGUUUCUGGAGGAAUAUCGGCGGAUGAAGCGUGAACUCGAUUCUCUACACACUGAGCAUGAGUCCCUGAGAGCAAAGUGUGCUGAGCUGAGGGAGGGGCUUGCUAUGGAGCAAAGGUCAAGGUCGAUUCACGUGAAGAGACUGACUGCUGAGCUACAAAAGAGCAAAAGGAAUAAUGAAGGUGAGAGUUAAUUGUGCCUUUAUCUUUCACACAUCU